AUGCCUUCUCUGUCACCCGUCCUGCGAUUCGGCGCGACGCUCGCCGCCCUUCUCCUUUCAGGUGUCCUGAUCCGAAAGGUUGUGUCUGAGCAUGCACAACCUGCGCCGUCGGAUGACGGCAGAAAGCCUGGUCAGAAGCUCGGUGAAAAUACGGGAGAUGCCUUUUCCCACGGCGGAUUCGACGGCUCUUCCGUGUCAGAGCGGAGUGAAGCCAGACGUAAAGCAGGCGAGGCUGCAGAGGUACGGGCUGAGCGGGAGAUGUCCCGGAGGACUACACCGCGCUGGUUCGGUCUGACAUUUGCUAGGCAAGAGCCAGAAGCUCGGAAGGGCGGGCUUCAGGUGCCCUGGGCAGACUGCUACGACGGCAGAGACGGCACACGAUGA